AUGCUCUACACGGCGGUGGUGAUGGCGGGGAGCCUGGCGCUGACGACGGCGGUGGUGGCUCACGCCUAUUACCUCAAGCACCAAUUCUACCCCACCGUGGUUUAUCUCACCAAAUCCAGCCCCAGCAUGGCCGUUCUCUACAUCCAAGCCUUCGUGUUGGUUUUUCUUCUGGGUAAAUUUAUGGGCAAGGUGUUUUUCGGGCAGCUGCGAGCAGCGGAGAUGGAGCACCUGCUCGAGCGGUCGUGGUACGCCGUGACCGAGACCUGCCUGGCCUUCACCGUCUUCAGGGACGACUUCAGCCCCCGCUUCGUCGCCCUCUUCACCCUCCUCCUCUUCCUCAAGUGCUUCCACUGGUUGGCUGAAGACCGGGUGGACUUUAUGGAAAGGAGCCCCAACAUCUCCUGGCUCUUCCACUUCCGUAUCGUCUCCCUGAUGUUCCUCCUGGGAAUCCUGGACUUCCUCUUCGUUAACCACGCCUACCACAGCAUCCUCACGCGAGGAGCCUCCGUCCAGCUCGUCUUCGGCUUCGAGUACGCCAUCCUCAUGACCAUGGUGCUCACCAUCUUCAUCAAGUACGUCCUGCACUCCAUCGACCUGCAGAACGAGAACCCUUGGGACAGCAAAGCCGUCUACAUGCUGUACACGGAGCUCUUCACGGGCUUCAUCAAAGUCCUCCUCUACAUGGCCUUCAUGACCAUCAUGAUCAAAGUCCACACCUUCCCGCUCUUCGCCAUCCGCCCCAUGUACCUGGCGAUGAGGCAGUUUAAGAAAGCGGUGACGGACGCCAUCAUGUCCCGCCGGGCCAUCCGCAACAUGAACACGCUCUACCCCGACGCCACGCCGGAAGAGCUGCAGGCCAUGGACAACGUCUGCAUCAUCUGCCGCGAGGAGAUGGUGACGGGCGCCAAGCGUUUGCCUUGCAACCACAUCUUCCACACCAGCUGCCUGCGGUCGUGGUUCCAGCGCCAGCAGACGUGUCCCACCUGCCGCAUGGAAGCCCCGCCCCCGCCCCAGUCCCCCCAAGUUCCUCAGCCCCCCAACUUUCCCCAGGGAAUCCUUCCCCCCUUCCCUCCUGGAAUGUUUCCCUUCUGGCCACCGGUUGGUCCCUUCCCACCGGUUCCCGGCGUUCAACCGCCCAACAGCGCCGAAAACGCCGCGCCGAGUUCCGGUGCCGCUUCGGAUCCCACCGCGCCGGCGGGUGCCGAAGGCUUCACCGCCGAGGAGGAAGAGGAGGACGAGGACGGCGGUGAAGGCUCAUCCUCGCUGGACGAAGGCGGCUACAGAAACUGGCGUCGCCGCUGGCAGCCUCCCACUGACGCCUUAUUAACGCACCCUUCCCCCCGGGAGCGCCGCUUCCCGCACCGAAAUAACGCCCGUCGGCGCACCCACGGCGCCGAUCGGCAACUUAAUAAACCCCCAAAUCCUCUGCCCGACGCCAACCGGUGCCCCAACGCGCCCAAACUGGUUUUUACUGGUUUCGCUCUACCGACGGUGCCGGUUUUUGAGCGGGGGCUGCAGUCCAUCCCCCUCAGCAUGGACCUCUGGAUCCACUACAUCUCCUACCUCCAAUCCACCCUGGACAUGAAUCUUCCCGAAUCCAUCCAAAAAAUCCGCGGCGUUUUCGAGGCGGCGGUGGCGGCUGCCGGCAUGGAUUUCCGUUCGGAUAAGUUAUGGGAGCUUUACGUCGAGUGGGAACGGGAACAGGGAGACCUGCGAGCCGUCACCGGUAUCUACGACCGCGUCCUCUCCAUGCCCACGCAGCUCUACAACCAUCACUGGGAGAAGUACGUACCCCCGCCGGCGCGGAAAAUACCCCGCGGCGGUGAAACGUCCCCCAAAAAUAAUUUCCGUG